AUGGAGCUUGUGGUAUGCGAAGAACCGAUGCAUAGAGGUUCCAGCCCUGCUGCUGGGGACCUUGAAAAGCAGCAGGACAAGGCUCCCGAGAAGCAGAGCGAGUCAAUAAACGAGUCUGCCAAGGAAGUGAAACUCACCAUUGUUGUCUGCAAUGGAGAUUCCAGUCGGUCACAUGAAACCGAAGAAUUGGCUCAAAUCUCCGUACUAGCGGAAAAUGAAGAGUCCCCGAAAACGGUUUGCUUGCCCAGGAACGCCAGUUCUCACGAGCAGUGUAGGGUUUGCCAACAAGAGCUUGAAGAGCCUUUGAUUGAACUAGGGUGCCAAUGUCGUGGUGGUCUUGGGAAAGCCCAUAGAUCAUGCAUCGAUGCGUGGUUUCGCACAAAAGGCUCUAAUAAGUGCGAGAUCUGCAAGGUAGUGGCUGUCAACGUGCCACCUCCACCGACUCGACCAAUUACAAAUUACUGGGUUUGGAGGAUUGAUCCUAGCUAUAGACAAGAACAGCGUGAAAGACAAGGAUGUUUCAGUCCGCUAUGGUUAGCAUUCUCGAUUCUGAUAGGCGGUCUAAUGCUCGAUGUGUUAAUAUCCAUCACACUUGGUGUGUCUGCGCUCCCGGUUAACAUAAUCAUCGGAGUGAUAGUUGUGCUAGGGCUAGGAACAGCGCUAAGGCUGACAUUGGAGUUCUGUUACGAAUGGACCUUGAGAAGAGCGCUAAGGUGA